AUGGCGUUUGCUGCACAGUUAGAAAACCUAACUGGCGACCUCGUCGCGGGUUUGACCCAACCGAAAAGCAAGAAUGAUAAGAGCUUUCUUCGCACGCGCGAUGCCACGCUUCGGGUAUUCAAGGCUCAUAAAUUCCUACGAACUAAUCACUUUGAGGUAGAAAAGUCUCUGGUCGGUCUUGAAGAGAGGUUUCGCGUCAACAACAGAGAUGCCCUCGCGGAUGAGCUCAAGACGCGCCUAGACACUCUUCGAUCCCUGGGCUUCAAAUGGUACCCGGAAACUCUGAAUUUGCUAUUGGAACUAGCAGACCAACCAACAUACAACACUAGACUGGAGAACAUUUCACGCGUUUGCGCGGAUGAUGCCGACCAAGGGCCCAAACUGCGAUGGGAAGACAUCGCCCAAGAGGACGGCUGGGCCCAAGACUCGGACCUAUGGGAUUCCAUCAACUACAGCGACGAAUCUGGAGAUGAGAUCUUCGAGGGUGGUCCCGGAGAUGAGUCGGACGAGAGCUCCAGCUUUGGCGGCGAUGCUCCAGCCGGCCGAACAGCACAGGAUCUCAUCAUACAACCCCAAGACAACGAUGCUCUAAAAGCCGUAUUAAAGCAGCAGGAAUGGAAACAAGAGGAGCCGACAGAAGACACUAAUGGGAGGAUUCGGAAAGUCGGUCUCUCAGAAACACAAGCGCUUCGCGAAGUUCUUUUCAUGCUCCACGGCCUGCCCACCACAUUAUUCGACGCUGACGGAGCCCCCGAUCCUGUCUUCCAGAUAUCCAACAUUGCAUGGCAAACGCACAAGUCUCUUCUUACGACGUUCUCCGAAGCUGGUGGAUAUAUAAGUAUCCUACGACACUUUGCGGCUCAACGCGAAAAGGAGCCACAGCUCCAAGCCCUGCAGGACUGCGUCGCCAAACGCCUGCGUGUUCUGGACAACCAUCUUGCGCGCAUCCAAGAGCGGCUUGCCGACCCUGCUGGACAAGUUGUUGUCAGUCUGAUAGCGGUCAGGGAGGAGUUGACACCUGUACUGGAGCCGCUCUUCAAGUUGUCCGCCGUCAUCUUGAAGGUUCAGCAGAACCCGACCUCGGACAACUUCCGGUACCUCGAGCUGCUGUUUGACGAGUCGAGCAUGGCGCAGCUGACGGGGAACCAACCGCUGUACGAGUUCCUGGCACGCAUCUUCCUCGAGUGCUUCACCGUCUAUCUGCGCGAGAUCCGCAGCUGGGUCGAGGAGGGCCGGCUGCUGCCCAGCGACGAGGCCUUCUUCAUCUACCACGGGGCCGAGGACCUGCCGCUCGGCGGCGUCUGGCAGCACAGGUUCAAGCUGCGCCGUGGCACAGACGACGGGAAGCUGCUCGCGCCUAAGUUCGUGCAUCCAGCGGCUGACAAGAUCUACACCACCGGCAAGAGCAUCGUCAUCCUGCGGCGCCUCGGCCGCCUCAACGCUGAGGGCGACCGAAGCGACGACGGCGCCGGGGACCGCGCGCAGCAGCAGGUCCUCACGUACGAGUCCGUCUGCCCGCCCGGCUUCGAGUCGGCGCCGUUCCCGGACCUCUUUGACGCGGCGCUCGGCCAGUGGAUUGAUCGCAAGUACACGGCCGUCUCCGCGACCCUGAAAGCAGCCCUCUUUGAUGACUGCGGCUUCGAGAACGCCCUGCGUGCCUACCACGCCGUCUACCUCAUGUCCGACGGCGCCGCCGCCGCCGCAUUUUGCGAGCGCCUCUUCGCCAAGCUCGACGCCAAGGACGCCCAGUGGCAGAACCGCCGCGCGCUCACGACGUCCGCCCAGGAGGCCUUUGCCGGGACCGUCGACGCCAGCCGGCUUUCCGUCAGCGUCGACGGCGAGCGGCGGCACGUGUCCGCCACGGAGGCGCGCGGCUCCGUCGCGGCCGCGCUGCCGUUGAUCCGCAUCGCCUACCGGCCCGAGUGGCCCGUGCAGAUGAUCCUCGACGUGCCGAGCGCCGCGCACUACCAGGCCGUCUUCACCUUCCUCCUGCAGAUCAAGCGCGCCGCGCACGCCCUCCGCGGGGCGACCCGGCAGCUGCGCGACGACCUGCGCUCCGAGCACGCGGCCGACGACGCGGCCCUCGAAGCCCGCGGCCUCUUCUACGCCGCCCGCGCCGGCCUGCUCUGGUUCGUCGACGCGCUGCAGACGUACGUCGCGACGGUGGUGCUGGUCCCGCAGACGGCGCGCAUGCGGCGCGAGCUCCGCGCCGCGCCGGACGUCGACGGCAUGAUGGCCGCUGCUGGACCUGGCGGUGCGGCUGGGGCACGCGCGGGCCACGCUCGGCGGGGGCAGCGGCGAGGCGUACGGGAUCGUGCUGAGGCAGAUCAGGUCGGACUUUGCGCGGCUGCUGCGGUUUAUAUGCGGCGGGCUGCGGAGCGUCGCGAGCGCGGUGAGCGGCGAGGACGCGGCGCGGUGGGAUGUGCUGGCGGACAUGCUACAGCCGGGACACGGUGA